AUGACAAUUCUGCUAUACCGGUCAGUUGUGAAGUCGACACCGUUGGUGGCACGCCAAUGGGUGAGAAACCACAGUGCAGCGCCGCAUGCCGCCUCGACCACCAAAUGCCAUGAUAUCGACCCAACCAAGCUUAGAAUAUCCAAGAUUGGUACGCCCAGCUCGCUAGAGAAGCCGGAAAACCUCGUCUUUGGCGCGAAAUUGACAGACCACAUGGUCAUGAUCGAGUGGGACAAGAGCAACGGAUGGAAAGCUCAUCAGAUCGUCCCAUACCAGAACCUCUCCCUAGAUCCGGAGACAUGUGUCUUCUACUACACUUUGGAGUGCUUCUAA